AAAAAUAUUUAAAAAGAAUGAACCUUUAAUGCUGGUCUCUUUGCAAAUUAGGUAUAUUAAAAAUGCAUUUGUAUUACUUUGUAAUUUAUCAAUGAAAUAACUAAUAUAUUAUGUAAGUGUAUUCUACAUUAAAAAAAAUAAAAUAGGCCUAUUUAUACAUCAUAACCAACAAUGUGGCGUUUUCCAAUGCAUUCUCCAACAUAGAACCAGCAUAAAACUUCGACUCCAACGAGGGUGUUCAACCAGGCUUCUUUAACAGUUUGGUUUUUCCAUGAUCCAGUUCUAGCUGCAGUGAUAAGCCUACCAAGUCCAGCUCUAAUCUGGGGAAUAUCAGCAGGAGUAGGAGGUGAGAGUUCUACCUUAGCGUAUUUCAUAAAGGUCAUGAGUUUAGGGCGUCCUGCUUGCAGUAGCUCUAAAAUAUGAAUAAUUUGUUAAUCCUUAACUCCAACUUUGAAGGUUAGGGUUACAUAAUAUAUCAAAGAAAAAUAACUUACUUCCUGCUAAAGUUGGAAUAGCAGCAACUAACUUGGACAUUUUUAGUUGUUUUUAAAGAAUCUUUUUUCGAUUUUAUUAAUAUUUAAUGAAAAAAGAACCUUUUUACACUAUUCCUACUCCUCACUCUCCCAAAUAAUCAAUGUCAUAAGUCAUGUCAAACUAAUGUCAAUCUACUCGAAAUUAAACUGACAGUAAAUUAUUUUCUGGGCAUUUUUUAGAAAGUGCUAAUUUCAAAUUAUUUGAAACUUAACUUCUCGAAAAAAUGCCAGUCUUCUUUUUAUAACUUUACAGCCUUCAUCAACUUGAGUAGGAAACCAAUCCUCGGGGGAAAAUAAAUAAGUUCCGUCGUUCUCUGUAAUAAGAUCCGCGUUGAGUGUAUAAGUUCCGUGAAUAGAAAAGAGAAUUUCUUGUCAAAAUAGUCAGAAUAAAUCAGUCAGUGAUCAGUCACUAGUUCUAUGAUCGGACCUCUCUAUUCCCUACAUAUAAAAUUUAAUAGUUCUUUUUUUAAUAGCUGCUGCUACGCUUCUAGUGUUGUUCCUGCUGUUUUCCGAUCAGCACUAUGAGAAAUGUCAGAAGUUGUUAAUCUAAAAAAAGCAAAAAUUACAAGAUCACAAGAAAAUUUUUUCUAUUAGUUUAAAAAUGGGUUACGUUUUUGUUUAUGUGUUAUGAAAUAGGUCUGUGGCAGAAAACUUUUACAUCUCUAUUAGAAGACAGCUACUGUUGAUCCUGAUACCAUUAUAAAUAUUAUCAUGAAAACAUGUAAAGGUAUAGUGCAAAGUAAACACUGAUUGUUGACACAAGUCGUAAUGUUUAAUUUAGAUUUUAAACAUGUUCUCAGAGCACAACACAUCUACUUUAUGUGUGUACCCCUGCUUAUUUAUGAAAGUAAAAAAUAUAAUCUGUGAAAAUGGAACCAGAAGAGUUAAGAAGUGCAUUAUAAAUAAGUUAUAAGAUGCCCUAUGUGGAAAUAGUGAAAUGAAUCAAUUUGCAACCAUUAUGAAAGAAAGGGAGAGGGCAGAUUCUUCGUCUUAUGUUAAAUCAGACAUUCAAGAUGACAAUCCCUCAGACCUGGUUGAAGAUGAAAACACACAACUUUCCCUUGACCCCAAGUUUCAGAUGUACCUUGCUCAAAUGUCACAACAAUCUGGUUGUUGGGGCAAAUAUUUUCCAAUACCGUUUGAAAGGGCAGCACAAAAAUCUUGGUGGGAUCCCACUUUUGAUUCAGAAAUACUCGAAGAACAGUUCAAAAAAAGUUCUAAUAAAAGUAAUAAAGUUAAAUUCAGGUACGCUCUAAUAUAUCUCAUAGUGAUCUCAACAACAUGGUUGACGUAUUUCUUGGUAGUCGGUUUCCUCGGAAGCGAACGCCGCUGGCAUCUCGUGUGCAGUCUCAUCCUCGUUUUAAUAUUCUGCCUAAUUUUGUCUCUUAUUUUCACUCAUACGAAAGUGUUCGAUACAAACAUGACUUCGUUGACGUCCGCAUUGUCCGUUCUGCUUAUCAUGCUUAGUUUGGUGUUCAUAGUCGUCGUACAACCGAUACCAGUUGGUCAUUUCGCGCUCUGCAUCCAGAUACUGUUUCUGCUUUAUACUCUCGUACCUCUGAAGCUUUACGUGAGCCUUUUGUUAGGAUUUUUUUAUUCUAUUGCUUACGAAUUGGUCGUCAACAUCAUUCAACUGGACGAACAUGUGAGCUUCAACGUUUUAGGGGCAAAAUUUCUCAGCCAUUUCGCAAUACAUCUAAUAGGUUUCCAUAUAUGUCUCAUGAACAACGUCAGAAGCAGAAAUACCUUUAUGAAAGUGGGUCAGAGUUUGUUAGUAAGAAGGCAGCUGGAGUUAGAGAAACGUUUAAAAGAGAACAUGAUACAUUCGCUUAUGCCGAAGAGCGUCGCCGACUGGUUGAAAAAAGAAGAUGAAAAUUUCACCAGGAGAGCAUCUUCCGAUUCGACCAACGAUAUUAGAUCUUUAUUUAGACCGUUUAACAUGGACAAUAUGGAGAACGUCAGUAUACUGUUUGCGGACAUAGUCGGUUUUACGAAAAUGUCUAGUACCAAAAGUGCCGAAGAAUUGGUCGACAUCCUAAACAAUCUUUUCCAAAGGUUCGAUUCCUUGUGCAAGGUUCACAAUUGCGAAAAAAUAUCCACUCUAGGCGAUUGUUAUUAUUGCGUGAGCGGUUGUCCCGAAGCACGGGUAGAUCAUGCACGUUGCUGCGUAGAAAUGGGCCUGAGUAUGAUACAAGCUAUCAAACAGUUUGAUCACGAGAAGAACGAAGGGGUUAAUAUGAGGGUGGGGAUACAUACGGGUAAGGUUUUGUGUGGGAUCGUUGGAACUAGAAGAUUUAAAUUCGAUGUAUGGAGUAAUGACGUUACGCUGGCGAAUAAGAUGGAGUCUACUGGGAGGCCCGGAAUGGUUCAUGUGUCUGAGAAAACUGUUAAUUUUCUGAAGGACUCUUAUUUACUUGAAGAUGGAGAAGAUGUUAUGGGUCUCAAAACUUACUUCAUACUCGGCCGAAAAAACGACAAAACCCCGUCCUACAGCGGUUCAUUUCGCGCCGAAGGUCGACAAAAAUACGCCAACUCUCUCCAACUGUUCGUUUCACCUCCUUCCAAUUCCUCUUCUUCCCCACCCUCCCGACCUAGGGUUCUUUCCUGUGAUACUUCCUCGAACUAUAUCAAACCCCAACAACAAUCUCAACAUUUACUCUCGCCGGACGUUUGUAAAAUCAAGGCCAGCAGUUUACCUAGCAUAUUGGAUUUAGAAAGCGACGAUACUAUCUGCACUAGCCCGAACAACAACGAUUCUUCCUUGACUGAUGACAUAAAAACUCCUACUAGUACGGCUAGUUCCGGUAAAUACGCUGGGAAAUUGAAAAAUUGGAAGAUUCCUAAGUUUAUGAGAAAGUUGUCAGAUCAGAAACAGGAUUUGGAAGUCGACGUGUUCACUGUGUCGCCAUUAUCAUCGACCGAAGACGGUUAUCAACAAGUUCCUACAAUAAUCGAAGCUACCAUAAAUGGCAAUAAAAAGGAUUCCUUCCCCAAAACAGAAAUAGUAGUAGAAGAUACAUUCAAAGACAAUAUAGACAUAAAAUCGUACAUAAGUCAAUCACGGAGCGACAUAGGCCAAUUCGACUAUACCGUGAACACAGAAUUCAUUAGAAGCGGUAGCUACAGAUCGCAAUAUGGCCGAUCGCCGGUAUCAGACUUCCAAUAUUUGCAUAGAUCGGGAAGUAGUCGUUCGAGAAGGGGCAGGUCCCCUAUGUUCGACGGUUUGGAGCCAACGGAAAGAGCUAGGAGUGCUACAGUGUCAUCGAGCAAUCUUCAUAGGCCGAAAAGGUCCUUCGAAAUACCUAGCCGGUUAUCCAGUGUUACUUGUUUGGAGGAAAACACCAAUCAGAGUAGGAAGGAUUCGGGAAUUCGCAGUAAUAGUAGAAAGAGCAGUAUACAACAGAUCGACGCAGCUCUGACCAAUUCCGAAUUACUUCACCGUGUAUCCGGUUACUACACGUCGAGCCAGUUUUCGAUCAACCACACCCCCCAAGUGCCAAAGAAAUUUGGAACUCCAUUUUACGAUAAAUACGGAGCAUCAAUACAAAUUUUGCGAAAGCAAUCAGACAGGCAGUUAAUAAAAUGUGUUCAAGACAAUUCCAAAUCGAAAUCAUCUUAUUUUAUCAAGCCGCCUUUGUCCAGGGUCACGCUCUUUUUCAAAGACAGGGAAAUGGAGAGGCAGUACAGACAGAAUGUCCAUCGAAUAGCCAAACGAGACGAUCAGGAUAUAAUGACUUUAGCCAACUCGAAAUUUAAUACUUACUUAGAUGUCAUCGUUUCUGUACUGGUUUUUUUGCUGGUGUCUUUAGGCGCUGAGUUAAUAUACGGCGUAACGUCAGUGUGGCUUAUCACUUUUUUUACGUUGUUGCUUCUGCAGUCGCUAGGCGUCGCUUUAUGUGUUAAGAACGUCGUGCGAUGGUUCGAUCGGGUGUUAUGGUGUUUCAUCCGAUUCUACAGGUGGAACAUUUUCGGAGCGGUGCUAGUCAGCUUGCCUUUGGUUUCCGCAAUAGCGAACUUCGCCAACGAUCGCAACUUUUCUCCCAGAAACCUCGAUGUAUUCAGUUAUCUGUUCUUCGUCAGCCUCGUUCAUUUUUGCAACUUUACCCAGCUGAAUUGCUGGAUGAAGAACAUACUGGUUACGGCAAGCAGUUUAGCUUUAGCUUCCGUAUUCAUAUUCAUCGAAGACAGUUCCUGCGAAUACAUCGGUAAGAAUUUGAACGGCUCGUCGGUGUUCGAUAGCUUUAAUUUCACAAAUCAAACACAAUACAGAUCGUGUUCGUUCUAUAAGGCUGAAAUUGUUCUGAAUUUGUUUAUAUUGUUAAUAUUAAUUUGGUUGUUGACUAGGGAGUUCGAAAUAGGGUACCGACUGAGCUUUCACACCAAUUUCGUUGCGAACCGAGACAAAAACAAAGUACAAAGUUUGAAGAACCAAGCGGACUAUUUGAUUUAUAAUAUCGUUCCGGAACACGUGGCCGAGCAGCUAAAGAAAGACGCUAAAUACUCAGAGAAUUUCAAGAACGUCGCCAUCAUAUUCGCUAGCAUCGUGAAUUUCAACGAAAUGUACGACGAGAGUUAUGAGGGCGGCAGGGAAUAUUUGCGAGUGCUGAACGAACUGAUCGGGGACUUCGAUGAGUUGUUGGAUCGACCGGAAUUCCAUUCUGUAGAAAAAAUCAAAACGAUCGGUUCCACAUUUAUGGCGGCUAGCGGGUUGAAUUCGCAAAAGCGUCGUUUGCAACAGGAUCCCAACGAGCAUUUAUACGCCCUCAUGGAUUUCGCUAUCGAAAUGCAACACGUAGUGAACGAUUUCAACAGGGAUUUGCUGGGUUUCGACUUAGAGCUUCGCAUAGGAUACAAUUUCGGAGAUGUGACAGCCGCCGUGAUAGGCAACACUAAAUUGUUUUACGACAUAUGGGGCGAUGCGGUCAAUAUCGCUUCUAGAAUGGACAGCACGGGCACGAAGGGCAGGAUACAAGUAGGCGAACGCGCUUUGCCAAUUUUACAGGAGAAGUACGAGUUCGAGAUGAGGGGAUCGAUUUAUGUAAAAGGUAAAGAUAAUAUGAAUGUGUAUUUUCUCAAGAAGAAGAAAACGUCUCCGUUCCUUGCGGUACCGGAUACCUCAUUGUGAUUCUUAGAUUAGACGGAUUAUAUGAAAUUUUUAAGCAAAAUUGAUUGGUGAGACGUAAGAUAUCAAUCAUUUUUUACAAAUUGACAAAUUGGUACGGGACAGCGAACAGAAUUUCGACAAUAAAUUUGUAUUUAAAAUACAACUUUUUUUUAAUGCAUUUCUACAGAAGAACUACUAGUCUGUAUCGGUAUUAAAUGUUUCUUUUUCAUGAAAUAAUAAUAAUAGUAAACUAAAAGAAAUAGAGCCAGAAAAAAUGUUUAUGUUUACCAUAAUUUUGCACAUAUACGAAAAAUAACUCGGGUAAUAUGCAAUAAAUAAAAAAAUAAAAUGCAGGAGUACUCCAAUUUUGAUUAAUACGAAAAAUUAUUUUAAACUAUACAGAGUGAAUCCUAAGUUGAUACUUUUUUAACUGUGUAUAGAAGUCGUUAAAAUAGACAUAUUUUUCAAAUAACUAAUAAGAAAGAUACAGAAUUAAAACAUAUAAUUCCGGGAAUGGAAUUGUGUAUAAAAAAUUAAGUUAAAUGAGAAUUCUUAAAAAGUAUCAACUUUCGAUUAUAUAUAAGCUAUUUUUUGACUGGGAGACUUGUUAGUCUCAUUAUUGUCCUGAUGUGGCUUCUCCAUUGCGAAUGUCUCUUCUUCACCUCAUAUCAGGUCUACCGGCCAUUUUCUUUUUAAUCUGCUCUUUCUUGCACUAUUAGUUUAAAAUGUUAUUGAUAUGUGCUUCCACUUGUGGUGUUUUUGACCUCUCUUUUGUUUACCUCUUGGACUGUUAUAUGCACUUGCUCACGCUGUCCCAUGACUCGAUGCGUCUAAUAUUUGAAGUCAUAUAUCGAAAAUUCAAUUUUUUUUGUAGAAAAAUAUCUUAAAUAUGCCGAACUAAGAAUAACCAGAAAGCAUACAAUUAUAGUAUCAAAUCAUAAGGCUCCUAAAAAUUCAGUUUUUUAACUGACAUUUUUACACUUUGACACAAUGUUGCUUGAAUCUCAAUGUAUUUCUAACCCAUUAUAAUCACUCAUAGGUCCUUAAAAUAUACCUCAGUUAAAUCUGUAGUUUGCAUUGUUGUGAGAAUUUUUAGAGUACGCCUUCAAACUCACCUAAUGGAUUUUCACAAAAAUUGUACAAUUCUUUCAUACAACCUAAAAAACAGUAUCUAUUAUUAUUUUUUUUAGGGAAACAUCUAUCAUUUUAUUUUUUUAAUACUCUAAGCAUCAUAGGCAGGGAUCUUUAACGAACCCAACAUUAAUGGGCUUGGGCCCGACGGCUUUACAUGUCCAAUCAAAGAUGGCACACUUUACGCUAUAUCUCGUACUUAUUGAUAUAAAACCUGCCAGCUGUGGUAUGCAACUACACGGGCAGUUGUUUGGGCUUUAUACGUACCCACCUUUCCUUAAAAUGGUAAUCCAUCCAAGUACUAACCGCACGCGAUUCUGCUUAACUACAGAUAUUGAUAAACAUUAGUGAACCUGCUAAGCCCGACCGCUGCCCUUUUUUACCGUUAAACAUCCAAAUUUGGCGUCUCUGAACGUAUUACAUUAUUUUGAUCGAUUUAUUAACCAACUUCAAAAAAGGAGGAGGUUCUCAAUUCGUCAGAAUUUUUUUAUUUGUUCAGCGAUAUUUUUUUACCACGUCCGAUUUCUAUGAUUCUUUUUUUGUCAGAAAGGGGGUACCUAAAGAAUGGUCCCAUAUAAAUUUGGUCAAGAUCUAUUAAUGGCGUCCAUAAGAAAAUCAUUAAACUCUUCAUUUUUUUAUAUAUAUGUUCAGCGAUAAUUCUUUAGUACUUUGUCCGAUUUUUGUUAAAAAGGGGACACCUCCGAGAUUGUCUCAUAUACAUUUAGUCAAGAUCUGAUGAUGGGAUCUAUGAUAAAAUCAGCAAACUCAAUUUGUAACGGCAUCUGCACGAUUUUGAAGUCUUUUUUUAAUUACUUUUAUAAUUACUGCAGUAGAAAUUUGUAAAUAACAAUAUUGGACCAUCCAUAGUGGAAUAAACAAUUCAAAUUUUGUCAAAAAACGCUUAAAUAAAAUCGUUUAAACUACUUAAAAAAGAAACAUGUAAUACUCAAUCAUCUGUUUGUAAACCCUUUGCAUUUACGCAUUUUAAUAAAAGAAGUGUCAAUUUAUGAAAAAUGAUUGUACAACGACUAGCGAGGUUGAAGAGAAAAAUGUUAUUUACCAAAGAGUACUCUAAUGUAAUACUGCUUGAAAAUGUGUUUGUGUAACAAACUUAUUGUACCAUGUCGCUUUAAUAGAGUAAGAAAAAAUUAUAUACAUGUUGACAAUACCAAUUUAUUGAACAACAAAGAAGAAAUAAAGAAUCAAAAAAUAUAUGGAAACGUUGUUAGAGUUCUAGAAUGAAGUGUAUAGGGAUCUUCGUUAGUUUUUAGAAUCGUAAAAAUUUAAAAUUUGUUCCUAACAGAGGAAGAAUAAAAUAACCUCUAUUUUUAGUAAAAGAUACUCAGACUAAAAUGUUUUUGUAAAAAAAAGUAACUGGAAACGAUUCAAUAUUAACGAAACUAAGCCAAAGGUUACUAACCAAAAAAUUAUUAAAAAACAUUACUAUUUUUUUUAACGAAUAAAGAAUGCACAAAUGUUUAGAUUGAAAUUCACCGCUUGAGGUUUCUUAGAUAAUUAUAGGUAUUUAAAGUUGUACAAUGAAGCAAAAGACUUGCCAGAUGUUUUUUUUUAGGAAAUUGCCAUUUUAAUGUCAAUAGAUGAACCACUAUUUAGGAUGUAUUAAAAAGUUUCUGAUAGAAUUUUACGGAAAAAUAAUUAUGAUAUAGGGACCACUGUUUUAACACAAAAUAUGCUCAACUAUUUGAAUUAUAAAAUUUUUUAAUAUAUAACCUAAUUAUAAAUAUUCUUUAUUUCUUCUCAAAAAUAGCGUUUUAACAAAAUAUCGAUUAUUUCACUGUCCUCAAAUUAUACCGUGUAUUUUAGAAAGAAAACGAAAAGAAAAACAUUUUAUAUAUUAUACAGGAAGAUUAUUGUUUUAUACACAAUUUUUAUAAAACUAGUAGACCAAGAGGCCAGGGUAAAAAAUACCAUGUGUUUCUAAAACGAUAAAACAGCUGAUAACCAACUGGAGUAAGGUAAAAUGCCAAUGUGUAGGACUAGGUAAUAACCAUUGUCUGUUUCAUAUUGUUAUAGCCUGGUUCCACAAUCUGGUGGAUCAGUAUUUGUUUGAACUGUUUAGAGUGAAAUAGAAAAUAGUUAUUAUAAUUACUUCCGAAUAAGAUAAAAAUUACAGCACCCAUAUAAUCAUUGUUAACUUCGUCAGAAGUUAGGGGUAAAAUUGUGCAGCAUAUCAGAAAUUAUUUGUACUAUUACUUUCAUCCAAUAUCUCAAUUUGCCAAAAAAAAGCCUUGUUUAUUUAGGGGAUAGGAGCAAGUUUAUAAAAAAAUAUAUGAUUUUUUAUUCGUUCCUUUAUAUCGGCCAAUAAAAAGUCUAUCUUUCUGUCAAAGUCGUAAAUUUGUAAAAAAUAUAAAAACUAUUUAGUUUUAAGUAACAUAAAGACAUUCAAAAUCUAAAAUCGUUAUUAAGUUGUUUUUUAAAUAUUUCUCUGAAACUAACGGUAUAUAUAUUUUUUUUAUUUUAAUUUGUGUAUUAUUUGUUAAACGUUGACAAAGCGUUUGUUUUUUGAACGCUUUUGACAAAAAAAUACACUUCAAAAUGUCAAAAAUGUUCCUGCGUAAAGUUUCUACUUUUUAACUAAAUUUGGUAUAUUCUAGAGUUUUUACUUACUACUUGGCAUAACAAUUUUAAUGCCAAAAUGUUUUUAUUUUUUCAUUAAAAAUUGAAUUUAUAUUCCUAAACGAUUGAUCAUCAGAACCUACUUAAUUUCUAAUUUAAACACAACAUAACUUUUUUAAAACGUACCUCUUAAAAGAGGUUCAUUUGUUUUUCAACACUUUAUAGUACCAAGUUGUUUCUAUGGUUCACUAUCUGAACUACUCGAUGUAUCAUCCUUUUUGGGUACUAUUAGAAUCUAUAGAAAAAAUAAUUUUGGUUAAAAUUAUCAGUCAAAAUCUUAUAUAUCAAAAUCUUAUAUAUACAAAAUCUUAAACGGUACUUUACUUAAGGAGGGGGUAAGGUUAAUUCGUGCAAAAAAGGCACAUUUUUGUGAAUUUUUUUUUACGUCACAGUUAAAAUAUGUUUAUUGAAACUAAUGGUACAUUAAAGUAUAACAUUCAAAGAAUAUUGUAUCAAAUUUUCAUGUAGAAAUAUUAAAAAAUACGAAAAUGGCAGCAAUUAUUCGGAAGCGUCUCGGAAAAAGGUAGAAUUGCGGUGCCCCUCCUAACUCGGUGCUGGAUCAUCAGAAAUAAAAAAAUCAAAGUUCUCUCGUUAGAUAAUCGUUUUCCCCAGGUAGCGCUGGGAGGGUUUUUCGAAAUUUAAAUUUUUCACUUUUUGGGAAUACUUUGAAGUAAAAAACGCGAUUCUUGCAAAAAAAUAGGAUAAUUUGUUAUUAUAAAAAAAAAAAUGUUAACAUAUUUGAAAAAAAAAACUCUCCAGCGCUACCUCGUAAAUUAUGUACAGAAAUAGUGUUUAAAAUUUCAAAAGGAUAGGUGCAGUAGUUUUGAAGUUAUGAAGGGCACCGACUUUGGAAACGUGAGUUGUGGGUAAAACGCUUUAAAGUUUUGAACACUAAAAAAUUAGAAAUAAAACGUUCAUAAGCGAGUUUUAUCGGCUUAUCUCACACUGAAUCAUCGAUGCCAAGUCCAUAAAGGAUGUUGAUAUUAUUCAUGUCUAAAGCAUAUUUUUGCUCCUGUUUACGACAAAUCCUCAUUCAUGAGCGCUUGAUCCACUACUGAUUUCUGUGUUUUGCAUGUAGGUUAGUAAAGGAAAAGAACACGCCAGGCCAAUGCUACACUAAAUUAUAUACAGUACAGGUAGAAGGUAAGGUUAGGCAUUAUAUAGAGAGCGAAACAGCUGCCAGGCAAGGGCGGCUCCGAGACGAAUUUUCUGUGGAGGUCAUUGCCUUCAGGCAUUCUCUUUUUAGCAUCUUUUUUUUAAUAAAAGGCUCAUAAAUCGUAAGAAUUUUCAUCUGGGGGGGGGGAGGGGGUGGCAUGGUCCUCAUAGCCCCCUGGAGACGCUCUUGCUGCCAGGUAACAAGAGCGCGCUCGUGCCGGGCAGGUAUUUUCUGAUGCGCUGAGUCAUGUAUGAGGCGAGGUUAUUUAAACCGCUGUAUCUUCGUUAGUUUUGCUCCGAUUCAUCUCAAAUUUUCACACAAUAUUCUUGAACGGUUCUCCAUUCACAAAAUAAAAUAUAAAAAAAUGCAAAAAAGGUUUAAAAACUUUACUCCACCCUUAAAACUACUUACAUAUUGCAACCAACGUCCCUUUUGUUUUAAAAUGCACAAAUAUAAAAGAAAUGAACAUAGAACUUAUAAGUACUUUAAAGUGCGAAGGGGAUGUGGGAAAACAGUAGAGUUGAUCCGUUUUGCCUUUAUUUUUGUAUUUUAAAUUAAUGUGUUUGGACUUGUUAGAAUCCUGCUUUGUCGUAUCCGAUUUAGAGGCAUUUUUUUUUUUUCGAUAAAAUGUACCGUUAUUAAAUUUCUGAGUGAUAUUUAAAAAAUAAUAUAAUAGAUUUUAUAAUGAUUUUCUAUACAAGCGUUUUUAGAUUUCCGAAAAGGACAUUGUUAAAUACUGAAUAUUUUUUAUCUUUUUUAUAAAAAUUAUGCGACUUCCAACAGAUAGGUGGAGAAUUUGUUGUCCGAUAUGAUGGCAAUUUCUUAGAAAUAUUAGGUUUGUUCCAACAACUAAUCCAUGACCGAUCCGAAAUUAAUCUCUGAUCUACUACUGCGCAAGCGUGACCUUUUUUUCUGAUUAAAUUCUUGUUGGAACGCACUUCUGACUGUCAUUAUGCACAUUACUUCGGAAAAUGUAUUUGUUAUCUAUACCCUAAACACAAUUUAUAUUUACUUAAUAAAUAUUUCCUCUGCUUCUCCUAAAAUAAAUCAUCUUAACUUGUAGAUUUGAAAGUAUAUCGUCUGAAGAAAAAAGUUUUCGCAUUAUUUUAUAUAAAAACGAUAUUUUUUUAUUCUACGAAAUAAAUAAUUGAUCAGAAAUCCAAAUCAAAUGAUAUAUUUUAAAUAAAACAAUUUUCAUUUGCGAUCUGAGCAAACUUAGGGGUCUGUUCUGUAACAAUUCCUUUAUAUUUUAACGGUCGUUAAAAUAUUGGAGGCCUUUAAAAAUAUUUUCGUAUUCACUAACUUACUUCUGUUAUUAUUCAAACGGAUUCCUUUAAAAUAGUCCUCUAAUAAUAAUUAUUUUUAAAGGGAUGUUAAAAUUCACCUUUAAUGUUUAACGGAACUGAUAAUGGCGUUUUAUGACCCAAAUGGAGCAAUUUUGAUUGCAGAGUUACCGGAAAGUGAAGAAAGGUAUUAUAAACUACAAAACAUUUACAAUGUAGGUACAUUUAUUAAAUUUAAUAAUUCAGAACUGAAUUUCGAUUACAUCAAAGGUCAGUUAGGGAAUUGAGCGAUCUAUUUCAGUUACCAAAUGUAGAUUUAAAUAAUAUUUUUCGGCUUUAAAAAUGUAGCCAUUAUUUAUUUGAAACAUUUAUUCACCUGUUAAAUAUUUAAAAUAUCUUCACCUAUAGUAUGCAUUGUAGGUUGUUAAUUUUGAAUUUGGCUGAAUAUAGCAGCCCUUACUCCUUACUAGGGAGGCAUAAUUAAGGGAUUACAGAAGUCUUGAAGUCAGUAAUUGUAAUGGUUUGUAGAUUUGUCUUGUGUUCGUUAUCGUUACGUAGCCAGAACUAUAGUUAAUAUUAUAGAGCCAUUUUCGUUGUAUCUAUUGGGUUUAUUUUCCCACCGUGAGACAAAUUUUGCUGUUCUCAAAAGUUUAUCAUCAACUGUUUUUGGUUAUUAGUAGUUCUUGGUGCGCAAGACAUUUUUUAUUUUAAAUGUAUGUUUUGGUUUUGAAUUGAAAAUUAAGGGUUUGUAUGGUUAUGUAAUGUAAUCUUUGAAAAUUACUUCAAAUGAGUCUUAAAUGCGAUGUUGUCAAGUGUUCUUCUGUCAUUUUUAAGGCAAUCCGUUAAAAUAAAUAAUUUUUAAACAGGCCUCUAAAAUUUGUGUAUACAGAAUACCAUUUUUGGUUAAAAAAUUUAAAAGAUAAAUUUUUAAAGGUCUCUAAAUUUUAACGGAUGUGUUACAGAAUAGACCCCUUAUACUGCUAAUCCGAGAAAAAUUUAAAAACAUCUCUGACGGUUUGAUGCCGAUCCGAAAUUGGUCACAAUAUUUGUUGGAACAGUGGACUUACAAUCAGGCAUUUGGUUUGAAGUUUGUUGGAACGCUCAAAGUAACAAUU